ACAAAGCCAAGAAAUGUUAAUUUAAUUGAAGUUUUCACAGAUGACGAAGAGGAAGAGGAAGAGGAAACAUCUGAAGUUUAUUCAAAUAAAGAGAUGAAUCUUAGGACUCGUAUCAUUAACUCAACUGAAAUAGAAAUAGAAUUCACCCCUAAACAAAAAUCAGUUAAAAGAGCACGAAAUCCUUCCAGAAUUGAUAACUUUGCACCAUAUAAUAUAGCUGAUGAUAUCCUAUCAAAACAAUCUUCUGCGACCCUAGGACAAUGGUUACAAAUACCAGCUCAAAGAAGGAAUUUAGCAAAUGCCUUAAGACGUCAUCUUAUAUCAACACCUAGU